AGAAGGAGAGUAAAAGAAGAGAGUGGAAAAGACUGAGCAGUCGUCUGAGCGGAGGAACACCCCUGAAGCUGACGAUACUCGUUUUUGACUGAAAUCAUUGCAGGCUGUUUCCAGAGAGACCAUGGCCUACCUGCUGAUGUCUAUCACCCUCCUUCAUCUUGUCACAUUGGCAGUUCUCUUCAUUGCCAUCAUGGAAAAGUCCUGGUGGCUGUUGGAUAACACUGAGAGCUCAGACCUCUGGUAUAACUGCAGAUUAGACAAUGAAACCAAGACUUGGCUUUGCGCUUCAUCGAGAGAGACAGCGUGGCUUCAAGCUGUCCAAGUCCUGAUGGUCCUAUCUCUGGUGUUCUCCUCUGUGUCAUUCCUCGUUUUUCUUGGUCAGCUCUUCACCAUGUCUAAAGGAGGGCUCUUCUACCUCACUGGUGUCUGUCAAGCUUUUGCAGGUCUCACAACCUUUACAGGAACGCUCAUCUACACGCUACAUGCUAAAGAAAUCCUUCCAGACUCCAAAGAGUUGAGCUCGGGACACUUCGGUUACUGUUUUAUUUUGGCAUGGGUGUGUGUACCUUUGCUACUGUGCAGUGGGAUCAUGUAUAUCCAUUUGCGAAAAAGGGAGUAGCUUCACAUUUUGAUGUUUAGAGUUGUACAAAAGCAAAACUACAGAUUUAAUCUUCAAAGUAUUACUUUUAAUAGUGGUCUAAAUUAUAUAAGAACUAAGUCCCAUACAGCCACUAUUUAGGACCUAGUUCAGACUUCCCUCCUAAUAAAGGCGGUAGUUUAGCAUUAACAAACUACGCCAAAGCUAAGUGGAACAAUACAGAGGAAGGGGAGACUGCAACUAUUUAAUGUAAUAACAACCAGCAGAUUUCUUCACCAUUUACUGUAUGGGUAAUAUUUUUUAUACACGACAUCAUUUGCUUUUAUAUACACUAGUGUAGCCAUUUUAACAAAUAAACCUGAUUAAAAUGACUGA